AUGUCUAUCAAAAAAUAUCCAAGAAAUUCACCAAAUUUCUUAGAUAUUUAUAAAAAAAUUUCCAAGAAAUUUACUUUUUGGACCCGUGCCAAUUAUACGACAACAACGAUUUCAAAGCCUACAACUCUUGUAUUUUCUGGUAUUCAACCUACUGGUAUUCCACAUAUAGGAAACUAUCUCGGAGCAAUUUCAAAUUGGGUCUCUUUACAAGAGAGCCCUAAAGCCACAGCAAAAAACCCAACGAUCACUACCACCAAUGAUAAUAAUGAUACGAUUACGAAUUCUCAGCAGACAAUGUAUUCAAUUGUUGAUUUACAUGCUUUAACGCUACCACAAGUUCCAAAACAAUUAAGGAAGAAUAAAAUUGAAAUGACAAUUGCAUUAUUGGCAUGUGGAAUUGAUCCAAAAAAAUGCAUAUUGUUUGAACAAUCACGAGUGGCCGCGCAUGUUGAAUUAUCUUGGAUAUUUAAUUACGUUGUUUUUUCACCCGGUUUAUGCUUGGGAUUAUUUUCAUACCCAGUACUACAAGCAGCAGAUAUUUUAAUUUACAAAGCUACACAUGUACCAAUUGGAGAAGAUCAAGUUCAACAUUUAGAAUUGACAAGAGAUAUUGCACAAAAAUUUAAUAAAAUGUAUAAAACAAAUAUAUUACCAUUACCACAACCUAUUAUCACAUCAGCCAAAAAAAUAAUGUCACUUCGUGAUCCUACAAAAAAAAUGUCCAAAUCAGAUUUAUUAGAUCAAUCACGGAUCAAUUUAAAUGAUUCAGCUACAACAAUUUCCUCAAAGAUUAGAAAAUCUGUUACAGAUACCACACAAGGAAUAACAUUCGAACCAACAACUAGACCUGGCAUAUCCAAUCUUGUAAGUAUUUUUGCUGCAAUAAAAGGAUCAAGUGUAGAACAAAUUGUUGAAGAAUUUAGAACAAGUGACACCAAAACAUUUAAAGAUGCUUUAGCCGACACAUUGAUCGAAAGAUUAGUUCCAAUUCAAAAAGAGAUUGAACAUUUAAAACUUGAUGAAAGUUACAUCCAACAGGUAUUGAAAGAUGGAGCUGACAGAGCUUUCGAAAUUGCAGAAAAAAAUAAAAAAGAAAUCUAUAGACAUGUUGGAUUGAUAAAUUAA